CAAGAAAAUCUCGGCUCAAGGCGCGUGACAUUUGAUCCCCUCUGCCUGGGUAACCUCCAGUGGGAUCGAGUGCGCGUCAGGGAGUCACACGUUUGUCGCCUAGAGUGAUAUUGCACUGCCAUUCUUCUGACACGUUUGAUCGCCUUGAGUGGUCUUCAAUUGAUUUGUUUCACACGUUUGUCGCCUAGAGUGAUAUUGCACUGCCAUUCAUUUGACACGUUUGAUCGCCUUGAGUGGUCUUCAAUUGAUUUGUUUUGCUGGGGCUUCCGAGGCAGUCUCUGCAAUCUUUCGCUAUGCCACACGUACGGAGUGCAAGUGCUCGCAUCAUGCGUCGGGCGCUGGCUGUUCAAAACGGAUACUGUGUGCAUUUACCUAUUCGUUUGCCUCUGGAUGGUUUGGUGCCACCUACGUGUCUCCCACCACCAGGGCUGGAGCGGGCGACUGCCGAUUUGGUUCUAGAUUAUCUCUUCUUGCGCGAUCCACCUGUUGUUAAACGCAGUUUGGAGGAGGAGGCUGACAUUACGACUGUUUCGGAGAAUCUUUCUUGCCGUAUGCAGGCUUCUGAGUCGCUGGUUGAUGUAGGUAUUGGAGUGCAGGCUUCUGAAUCGCUGGUUGAUGUUGGAGUGCAGACGGUUGAUACACGCUUGGCGGAGGAGGAGGUGGAGGCUACCGUUGCGACUAUCUCGGAGACUCUUUCUUGUCGUUCCCUUGUUGACUCAGGAGUGCAGACGGAUGAUGCUUGCCUGAGUGUGCUACCCAAGGAGGAGGCGGCCGUUACGACACAUUCUGAGAUUUCUUGUGCGGAUGUUGUGGACUUUCAUUGAAGUCGGCUGUCAGACAGAGAUUGUCGCUGGGAUGGAGAGAGGAGCUUCAGGGGUUCUUCUUGGGAAAGUGACUGUGGAGGCUGAGGAGGAGGGAUGUACGAGGGCACCGCAAAGGCAGAGGCAAAGGCCAACGAUAUCAUAGCAGUGCCAAGCCUGCUAAGAGCUCUAAAGGCGCCAACAUCGUGUUUGACGAAGUGUAUAGGUUCGGUAGGACGUUGACGGACUGUGAACGAAGGUGUAAAUCUCAGGUUCGGCCUCUGUGGUAGUUAUUCGUUUUUCUUCGUGUGCUUCCUUUCAUUCCGAACUUAUUGUAUUGGAUUGUUGUUUGUGAUUGCAUAGUCUCUUUUUUUGUGCUCUAAGAAUUCUGUGUGUGCAUGUUCAGUUCUUGGCCAGGUCUCCUGGCUCUCACGUCGUAACAUUAUCCUUGCCUUAUCAAAGCCAGCUUUGAUGGGGGUGUUUGUAGCCGCGGAAGUGCCUGUGGUGGGUGUGGAUACUGAUUGGUCUGCGGUACUAAUAUAUCUUCUCGCAGACCGACAUCAUUUUCAUGGAUGUGUAUCUUGAGGCUUGGUGUCUGCCACCAAGCGCCACUGUUGCAGUUACGGAACUAUCUGCGGCGGAGCGCGUAUGCGAUGUGCUCACACAGGUAGUGCAGACCUUCUUUGAUCAUUCGCAGGGAUAAGUCACACAUUGUUUCUUCUUUAUCUGUGUUCUUGUUUAAUCCAUCAGCCCCGCUGUUCACUGACUCAUUCGUUUUAUCUUUGUGUGCUUUGCGUUUGAUUGUGUCAUUGCGGCAUGCGUUUCUCUUUAUUCCUUCAGCUUCGCUGUGUGGUAUAAGAGCUGACUGCUUGCGUGAUAAAUAAGAGGAUCUGUUUCGCCUGAUACUUUGUUGGACCUGGCCUUAGUGGCCAAGACGGUCCCAGCAAAGACGCAAAAAAGACCAGGUUGACGGUUCACCGCCGGCGCCAGUACCUCGUAGAGCUCUUCUGCACCGAUGAGCUGAAGGAAUUCCGGCGGGGUGAAGCUA